GGCUAACGGUAGUUAGCUAACAUGUUUAGCAUGUUGAAAUCAAUCUGGAGCUCCUUUCUGAGAACCAACAGUUCAGGAUUGUGACCCGUCCAGAGUCCGUACUUCAGGCUCAGUGGCCGCUGGAUCCUGGGAGAAUACGCAGCUGUUAUGCUACGCUAACGGCAGCUGGAAGCAACAUGUUGACAGCUGGAUUAUCCAACAACAAGGUAAAGUAUUCUCGACUGGCAGCUGACGACGAUGGCUACAUCGACCUGCAGUUCAAGAAGAAUCCACCAAAGAUCCCUUACAAGGCGAUUGGUGUGGCAGUAAUCUUGUUCCUGAUUGGCUCCCUGCUGAUCAUUUUGGGAGCUCUGUUUCUGGCUGGGAUCAUCAACGUCGAGAAUCCUGACCGCACCAUCCCCGUCAUCGUCAUAGGCCUCCUGGUCUUCCUGCCCGGCUUUUACCACCUCAGGAUCGCCUACUACGCCGCCAAGGGUUACCGCGGUUACUCCUACGAUGACAUCCCGGACUUCGGCGACUGACCCGAGCGAAUGUUUCCCCUCUGAAUCGAAUGUAGCAGAACGAACGGAGCGGUGGAGGCCGACAUGAUGGAGCUUUGCUGAAGUGUUGCAGAAAUGUAUAACUGAGAUGUUUCUUCUUUGCUCUGUUUGCUCUCGUUUCUUCUUCGCUUUAUUAGCCUCCACGCCGAAGCACGACCGACCUCAGAGACUCCAGCUGCUUUAUUGGCAGCUGAGGAAGCUGGCCUGCAAAAACACGACACAGAAAUCAUGACGCGUUUCUUAUUUACCGUCGCUCCAAGGCGGCUGCAGCUCCAUACUCGCAUCCUUACUGGUUCUUCUGGGACGGAGUGUUUGCAAUAUAAUCCAAAGUAGAGUUUUUUAUGGUGUAGGUAUAUAUUUUAAAGUGUUUGUACUCUUCUUGCUCUGUGUUUAGAAUGUUUAAAAGCAGUGUUUCCUUUUGUUAUGCUGGAGCGACAAUAAAGAAUGUUUUGAAGUUGCUGCAAUGAAGCAGAAAAUAAAAUGCUGGGGUGUUUAAUAAAUGUUACAUGUUUUGAACUUAUUCAGUAAAUCAAAAAUAUUAACAAAUGUGGAUUAUUUAAGGUUUUAAUCAAGGCUGUGGUAGCAUGUUAGGGCAAUUAUAAAUGAGGAAACAGGGGGGGGAGUACAUUUCUUCCCCAAAAAAUCUGAGAUGUUAUAGAAAAAUCAAGUUUGAAAAUUGGAAAAUUUGCUAGAAACAUUUUUUGAGAUAAAUUUUAGAAAUAUUUGAUU